AAUGUGCAAGACACUUGGGUCUCUAGAGUAAAGCUGGAUCAGUGACUGGUGUAGCAAUCAAUGCAUACCCUGAUGAUGUGGAGGGCUCUCAUCUUUCUAAUUCUUACAUUCUCAUCAGGAGCACUUUCACAAUCAAAAACACGCAUUGCACAUUAUCGUUCAUGGAAUUCACAGAUGUAUCCAGUUUGGAGAGACGGAGAUCCCAGAUACAGAGACUGUUGGAAAGGUGGAGAGGUGACAUUUGAAGUCAGAAGUGAUUCUCCUACACUGACAGGAGCCAAAGCUACUUUCAACAUUGAUGUUGGCUUCCCUCAGAACCAGACAGUACUUCCUGAUGGACAGGUGGUGUGGGCAAGAAACUGUACAAUUAAUGGAACAUCCUAUACUAUGGGCCAGACUGUAUACCCUGAGUCCAACAUCCCUCAAGAAUGGACAGGUGUCUUUCCUGACAGGACACCCUUCACUAAGGUCUCUAACAAAAAGCCCCACUUCAUCUAUGUAUGGAAAACAUGGGGAAAAUAUUGGCAGGUGGCUGAUGGUCCUUCCUCUCUACUGACCAUUGAAACAGACAAUAUGCCUCUUGGUUCUUACACAAUGGAUAUAGUAAUUUAUCACUGCCGUGGCAAAGACAAGUUUGUUCCCCUUGGUUAUGCAUCUACCCAGUUCUCCAUCACUGACCAGAUUCCUUUUACAGUGACAUUAUCUCAGGUUGGUGACAUCAAUCAGGGUGACCAAAGCUUUAUCCAGAACAGAGCUGUGUCCUUUGGCAUUAAUUUGCAUGACCCUAUCCAUUAUCUCAGUGGGUCAGACAUCACCUUCAACUGGGAUUUUGGUGACAAUAGUGGAACUCUCAUUUCCCGGGAAACUACUGUUACCCACACAUACCUUACAACUGGUUCCUUCAGGCCACAGGUGGUUUUGAUGGCAACAAUCUCAACUGGUUGUCAGCUCAGUCCAACUCCAGCAGCCACUGUUGUACCUCCUGUUCCUGUCACAGAUGAAACUACAGCAGUGGAAAACAUUGUGCUGACUGUUUCUCCUCAGUCGGUUGAUGUUGCGCCCACGGCAGAGGAAGGAGUUGCAGCUGAUGUCACUGUCGUUGCCAAUGACUUGGCAGUGUCAGCAAUUGACACAGAAGCAGAAUUAGAUAAUACUGGCCAGGAGGUGCCCACUGUUGCUGGAGACACAGCUGUGGCUGAAGCUGACAAUACUGCUGCAGUUAUGUUAGCCACACCUACGGUUGUUGAGGCUGAACCUGCGACAGAAGUUCCUGUGGCUGACAUGGCCCCAGAAGGAGACGAGAUUAUAAUCAAUCUGGCAGCCACAGUACUCCCAGAACCCCCUGAAUUAUCUGUUCGGACAGUUAUAGAAACAGUAGCACCAACUGGUGAUGCAGUAAUCAUUAUCACCUCUGAGGCAGUGGUCACAGAUAUUGUAGCAUCUGUUUUACCUGCAAUAGAAGACAUAGAAGCAGUUAAUGAGACUGUUGCUGGGGUCAACGAGGCAACCGAAACCAUCACUGGCUUAACUAGCAUAUCUGAGGCAACAGUGAGUGAAUUAGAAGCUGAAGCAACCCAGGCCGCUCUAGUCAUUGCAAAGCGGCAAGCACCAGAAAUGCCAGCAGAAACAAACUGUAUGAUUUAUCGUUAUGGCUCCUUCUCUACAACUCUUACAGUAGUCCAGGGAAUAGAGAGUGUUGAGAUUGUGGAGGUAAAUAAUGUGGUCAUUCUGGCCACAGAGCUGGAGCAGAAUGCUGUAGAUCUUACAGUCACAUGCCAGGGAAGCCUGCCAAAUCAAGUCUGCACUGUGGUAUCUGAUGCAGACUGCACAAGCACUGUUCAGGCCCUACAGUGUAAUGCUGUGACUCCAACCUCUGAGUGUCAGAUGGUGCUGCGACAAUUUUUCAACAACUCUGGCACGUUCUGUAUCAACGUCUCUCUAACCAAUGAUGUCAGCUUGGCAGUAACCAGUGCAAAGCUCAGCGUGGCUAUAGACACAAAUUCAUCAAGGAACAUGGCUGGAGCAACACUGGGAGUCCUGGUUUUUAUUUGUGCUGUGGGGGCCAUUGCAUUUACAUACAAGCGAUUUAAGGAGUACCAUCCACUGAGAGAUUAUAAUGCAAGCAGCAGUUACAGCUCUGGAAGAAGAUCAGUGCCUUUAAUGCUGUGGAACCUUCUGAGCCGGAGAUCCACUGCAGAGAGCCGCCCCCUCCUGCUUGGGCGAGUGGUGUGAAAAGCUGUCCACUUCUGCUUUAAGGCAUAUUGCAUAGUCUGUACAAUCUCUCAAUAAUUAAAUAAUAAUUCAAUAUGUACAAUGAGGGCCUCAUUGUACUGUAAUAACAAAAUGUCAUACGUAAUAUGCCUUACAUUAUCUAAAUGAUGUUUUAUUGUAUGUGGCAGUUGCUGAAUAAUUGAGUAUAUUGUGUGUCAUCAUAAAAAGUUGCAGAUAUUUCCUGUCAGUGGUUAGGUUUUCUUGGGUUGCAAUAAUCUGACUUUUUCUCCUUCGGUUAUUUGUUUUGUCCCUAGGUGUCAAUCUAGAGAUAUAGGGUUGUAACUUUAACUAUGAAAGAUAUAGUGCAGUGCACAGGACAAUGCAAAUUGGUGAAAAACCAAGCAGUUUACUUACAUUAUUUACAGAAGGUGGGAAUAAAAAGUACAAAAGGGGUACAAAAUGUAAAAGAAAAAACUAAUCUACACUCUUUAACAAAAAUCAAAGUACAGUGGGUGGCACUCACCCCUUACCUAACAUUUAUGUGGAUCUGUUAUGUGAAGCAUCUUCAGUUAUGUAAAUCUAAUCAUUCUAUAAGCAACCCAAGUAAACUGCUUGAUAGGAAUAUUGUCUUAUUUAAAAUCAUCAGAUAAUAGUCAGGUUAUUACAGACCACAAAAACAUUGUCAGCUGUUCUUCAAAUAAUCUAUUUAACUAAAAGCAAAUGUUUCAAGAAAAGCCUUGCACCUUUUCAACAUUUAUGCAACAUUAAGAAGCUUUAUGAAGUAAAUUUAUAUUUACAUUAAACUACGAUGUAAAUUUAUAUUAGUGUUUAACCAUCAAUAAUUAAAAAUAUUAUGUAUUUUCCCCAUUUACCUUUGCAGAACUACCUUUCCUUUAUUAUAAUAUAAUUUUAUUUUAUGUUAAUUUUAUUAUUUAGAGCAGUGCUUCUCAAACCUGUCUAAACCCCCCACCACUGCACAUUUUGGAUGUCUUCCUCAUCUAACACACCUCAUUCAACUCAUCAUCUAAGUAGAGCUUGCAAAACCCCAAAUGGGUUUGUCUGAUAUGUGAAACAUGCUAAAUGUGCAGUGGUGGGGGAUCUUCAGGACAAGCUUGUGAAGCACUGAUUUAAAGCCUCAACUUUUUUUAACAAACGAUGUGUUAAUUUGAUAUCUACUCAAAAGGUCUGAUGUUUUAUUUAUAAAUAAUAAUAGCCAUACUAAUGACUUAUUACCCCUAAAUAAAAACAUCUCCUGACUCUU